AUGGCGGCGGAGGAACCUCAGCAGUGGAAGCAGGAGCCGCUCGGCAGCGACUCCGAAGGUGUUAACUGUCUUGCUUAUGAUGAAGCCAUCAUGGCUCAGCAGGACCGAACUCAGCAAGAGAUUGCUGUGCAGAACCCCCUGGUCUCGGAGCGGCUGGAGCUUUCGGUCCUGUACAAGGAGUAUGCUGAGGAUGACAACAUCUAUCAACAGAAGAUCAAGGACCUCCACAAAAGGUACUCAUACAUCCGCAAGACCAGACCCGACGGAAACUGCUUCUACCGAGCUUUCGGAUUCUCGCACUUGGAGGCGCUGCUGGACGACAGCAAGGAAUUGCAGCGGUUUAAGGCCGUGUCGCAAAGAGCAAAAGACCUGGUGUCCCAGGGCUUCACCGAGUUCACAAUCGAGGAUUUCCACAACACGUUCAUGGACCUGAUCGAACAGGUGGAGAAGCAGACCUCCGUAGCCGACCUGCUGGCCUCCUUCAACGACCAGAGCACCUCCGACUACCUGGUGGUGUACCUGCGGCUGCUCACCUCAGGCUACCUGCAGCGGGAGAGCAAGUUCUUCGAGCACUUCAUCGAGGGGGGGCGGACGGUCAAGGAGUUCUGUCAGCAGGAGGUGGAGCCCAUGUGCAAGGAGAGCGACCACAUUCACAUCAUCACGCUGGCCCAGGCCCUCAGCGUCUCCAUCCAGGUGCAGUACAUGGACCGCGGCGAGGGCGGCACCACCAACCCGCACAUCUUUCCCGAGGGCUCCGAGCCCAAGGUGUACCUCCUCUAUCCGCCUGGACACUACGACAUCCUCUACAAAUAGGGCUGGCCCCGCCCGCCGCUGCCCUGCCUGCCCUCCCCUCUGCCAGGCGCUAGACAUGUACAGAGGUUUUUUGUGGUUGUAAAUGGUCAUAUUUCACUCCCCCCCCCUUCCCCUUCACGCAACCUUCCACAUUUUAUUAAAGGGGAUGCUGGUGG